AGGUCCAGUCUGUGACCACUUUGACCAAGACUGGGCAGCAACCAAGGCUCGUCACAGGGUGCACCUGCAGCCCUAAGCCAUGUCCUGCUACAGCCCGUGCCGGCCCUGCCAGCCCUGCGGCCCCACCCCGCUGGCCAACAGCUGCAAUGAGCCCUGUGUCAGGCAGUGCCAGGACUCCACCGUGUUCAUCCAGCCCUCGCCUGUCGUGGUGACCCUGCCCGGCCCCAUCCUCAGCUCCUUCCCACAGAACACGGCCGUGGGAUCCUCCACCUCUGCUGCUGUUGGCAACAUCCUCAGCACUCAGGGAGUGCCCAUCAGCUCUGGGGGCUUUGGCCUCUCGGGCUUGGGCAGUGGCCUCUGUGGCAUCAGGGGCCUCCCCUGCUGAAGCUGCUCCCUGCACUGUGGCCUCCUCCUGGAUCCCCCUCUUUUUCCUUUUUUGACUCAUUAAAUUCUGCUGCAUCCCAGCCUGUGCC